ACGGAGUUUCAAAACAUGUACCAUUACGACAACAAACAACAUGGCUGGCGAAGUGGGAGAUUUGAUUGUUAAAUACUCCAGGGAUGAACAUAAAAUCUCCGGUUUACUAGGGUCUGAUACGGUCAAAGACUUAAAAGAUGCUAUAUACAAACUGACGUCUGUGCAGCCAAACCGUCAGAAGUUGCUAGGUCUGAAAGUGAAACCGAGUGACCUAGUUGAUGAUAUGAUGUUGUCAGCACUGAAGUUACGACCCAAUAUGAAGCUGAUACUCAUGGGGACGAAAGAAGAACAGAUAGAAAAAGUUUCAGAGACCCCUACAGAUUUGCCUGAAGUGGUCAAUGAUUUUGACAUCGAAGAGGAAGAAAUUGCCGUAGAAAACAGAGAAGAGUAUUUGGCCAAGAUAGACAGAAGGAUCAAGUCUUAUAAAAUAAAUACUCUGAACGAGUCUAGACCUGGGAAGAAGCUGCUGGUUUUGGACAUAGACUACACAUUGUUUGACCAUCGGUCCACUGCUGAACAAGCCAAUGAGUUGAUGCGUCCCUUCUUACAUGAAUUUCUCACUGAUGCCUACAAGAAUUAUGAUAUUGUUAUAUGGUCUGCCACAGGGAUGAAAUGGAUUGAAACCAAGUUGAAAUUGCUCGGGGUAGCCACUCACCCAGAUUACAAAAUCUGCUUCUACUUGGAUUCAGAUGCCAUGAUCUCAGUCCACACCCCAAAAUAUGGAGUUAUUGAGGUCAAGCCUCUGGGAGUCAUCUGGGGCAAGUACCCUGAGUGGAGUGAGAAGAACACCAUUAUGUUGGAUGACAUACGUCGCAAUUUCAUCAUGAACCCUCAGUCAGGACUCAGGAUCAAGGCAUUUCGUGACUCACGUGUGAGUAGAUUCACGGACACGGAGCUGAUCAAAAUGACGGAGUACUUAAACUGCAUUGCUCUCCUGGAAGACUUCACAGCCCUUGACCAUAGGAACUGGCGAGAGUAUCGAAAAAAGAGCAGAGACAAAGAGUCAAGGACUUCAGAUCGACCAAGUACUCAAAGUUAAUAAUAACCAUUAUUCAUUCCAAAACUGCUCUCCACUCUUCUUUGCCAUGUAUAGAAUUAGGCCUUUUCACGCAUUUUUGAUUUUUUGGUCAUAUUGCAGUAAUCCUUGACUUUCUUAGAGAUUAUACGUUUUGCAUUGCUUCCAAUGCAGUUUGUGAAACCCAUACUGCCCCCUGUUCUACCAUCUGCUGACAAAAGGCUUUUUUUUCAUUUUUUUGUGCCUUCUACAGAGAACCGCAUAAGACAAAUAAACUUAGAUUUUUAGACUUGCAUUUUCCCUGGCUUCUUCAACUGAACUCCUUCUAGUAAUACUGUACGUCACUAAACACUGCAAACAGAAACGUGUACAGUUCAGUGGACUAUGUCUGAAUGGCUUAAGUAGAUGUGCUUGAGACAGAUAAUUUUGCUCUGGACAGGUGCCAAGUCAAGUCGGACAGAGUUUUCCAAUUUUGGUGAAGAUAGGAAAUUGGGGGUGGGGGGAGGGAUGGGUAAAAGUUUGUGGUAGUUUCAGUGGGCUGAGACAGUCCCAGGGAGAACAUCUCACGACAUUCUUCUGUGGCAUUAAUUGGCAUCAAACAAAAAUGGUUUGCUUGAAAAUUUCUUGAUAAGUUUUGAGAUCUCAGUCCAUGUCAUAAAUUGCCAAUUGUUUUAUGACUUCCUUUUGUCUGCCUUCAGUAUCCUUUCUCUCUUGUUGUCUUUCUUUAACUGUUCAUGUGCGUAGAGGAUUUCGUUCUGACCGAAGCCUCCCAGUGACUGAUCCUCUACAGCAGUAGGGUGGGUUACAAAAGUCUAUAUAACUUUCAAACUACUAGGCCCACAUAAAAACUUUUGGUAUGUUUGUGUUCAAAAAUUAAAGUUGCAUUCAUUGGUGUUCAUUUUAUAUGCAUUUAUUGAGUAUAAAAAUAGACUAUUGAAGUAAAUGGUCAUUAGCGAAAAAAACUGUUGCAAUAUUACAUAACACCUUUCACAAAAAUAUUGGUGUAACUUUAUAAAACUUUUACACAGAGCCAAAGUAAAAGAAACAAAAAUGUUGAUAUACAUCCUAGGAUUACAUCUAUGGUGGCUGUAGCUGCUUUGAAGCCCAUUCUUUUGAAAUACACACAAAUAUAAAAUGUUGUAUCAGAACCCACAUUCGGCAUAAAAAGUGUAAACACAGCUAGAUAUGUCUAUUUACACACUUUGUUAUACAAUAAAUCAAAGGCUUACAUCUAUAGUUUUGUCUGAAUAUACAUAAAUAUGAAGACUGUGUCUUAUGCACAUUUUCAAAGUAAUUUUGAGUAAUUCUUUGAAGUAUCCAGGUGUAAGAUAAGGUGUACAAUAACCAUUUAAAAAAUGUCACAUUCACACACACACAAAAA